CGCUAGCUCAGUCAGUCAGUGAGUCAGUGAGUGAGCUGCAACAGCUUAAUCAGACAUGAAGCAAGAGAUUUCUAAUAUCGUGGAUACCUUACAGCGAUUUAACAUGGAUGGGGACGCCGAAGAAUACUGCACUGUGCGCCAUUUCUCCAUAUCUGGUCGGAAAGUGGUCAACAGAGGUGAUUCAUUCAAAGUGAAGAAAUCAACAAGCGGCCAUAGCGUUGCCUCUAUCGGCUCCACAGGAAACGAUACUGAAUCCCCCCGCAUGUCUCCGACACCCCCCGCCCCGUACAGCGUCGCCGUCCUGGGUGCCCCGUCAGUCGGGAAGUCUUCUCUCGUAUCUCAGUUUAUGACCUCAGAUUUCCUCCAUGCCUUCGAGACUUUCACAGGUGACCGCAGUGACAAGACAGUUACCGUAUUGCUGGAUGGUGAAGAAUCAGAGCUUACUUUCACAGAUCUGCCGUACGCAAUUCUCAAGCGAAGGGACCUACUCCAGGCAAUCCACGGUUUCUGCGUGGUCUACUCUGUCACCGACCGGGCCAGUUUCCACCAAGCAGAACUGACCUUGCAGCAGCUGGCCGCCGAUGGAUCUAUCGACCACAAGGCCGUAAUCUUGGUGGCCAACAAGGUGGAUCUAGCCCGUGGCAGGACCGUCUCCGAACAAGAGGGUCGAAUCCUCGCAACGGCCUGCAACUGCAAGUUCAUCGAGUGUUCAGUGGUGAUCUGCCAUCACGUGGACGAGUUGCUGGUGGGGCUGGUGGCACAGAUGAGGCUCAAGUUGGGUGUAGCGGCAGUGGGGACAGCGGGAUCAGUGGGGACAAAGCGUGGGAGAAAGUACAGAGGAGCCAAGACAUCCUCAAGUUUCCGCGGCAUCCUCAGCAAGCUCCGCCUCACCAAAUCUAACUCGUGCCAUAAGCUCCAUGUCCUGUAGUUGAGGCAAUUUUGAGGACACUCAAUUAAUUCCAGUUUGAGGGAGCACACGGUGAAAAAGACUGUUCAUUCGGAAGAGAUAUUCUUUUCAGAAAAUAAUGCUUUUAUUCUUCAAAGCUAAUGCCACUGUAAAGUGUACUCAGAAUUCUACGAGAUGAAUCUAAAUUUAACUGUAAUCCAACCAUUUUCAAACUAAUAUUUUUAUAUUCUAUUAUUUUUUUGUAUCCUGACGACACAUCAAUAGUCCUUUUGGAUAUAUAAAUCAACUAUUGAAAAGAAGAAAUAAGUACUUCAAGUUCCUAUGCACAGUAAUAACUGAUUUUAUUUACAGAAGAUUAUUAAUAGAAGGUAUAUUGUAACAGAAUAUUUAAAUUUUAUAAUAUUUGUGUUAUUCUAUAUUAUUUACUUAUGAUUAUUGUAAUUAUUGUACUUCUUAGAGACUAACACAUUUUUAUUUAUUAU